AUGAUGGACGACUCAUACCCACAGCAGGAAGAGCAUGAACAUCAAGAGCAGGAACACCUGGAAGGAGGAGUGGAGGGUGAAGCAUAUGACUAUCCAGUCGAUGUGAAUACAGAGGGCUAUAGUGAGGCAGUUGCACCAGACACCCACAACAACAAUAAUGACUCUGAAUAUAGUUACUCAUCAUCAUAUGCCAAUGGAGAAGUGGAGGAGGACGGUGGAUCAACACCAAAGGGAUACUCCUCUGGCAACCACUUCAAUCAAAGCCAAGAGAUAUACGAUACAGAGUCCACGAUGGCCUUGUCAGAGAGUGUUGAUGUCAGCAGCGUGGGCAGUGUUCCCGAGCCACUCGAGGAGUAUGACAGCAGCUUCACACAUCGCAACAAGCUAGUAAGAGAGGUCAUCAGCUCAGAGAAAGCAUACCUCUCACAUCUCAACAAUGUCAUUGGUAACUACUUGGAGCCAUUGAGGAUCACCAAACCUCCAAUAUUGGAACCAGAGAAUAUAACAGCCAUAUUCUCAUGCAUUGAGAAGAUUAAGGAGCUGAGCGAGUCAGUGCUCUCACAGUUUGAGGAGCAGCUAGAGGCUGGCUCGGAGAAUGUCGGCAAGCCAAUACUCAACCACAGGAACAACUACCAAGACUACAUCGAGUAUGGAAAGAAUCAUGGCACUGCCCUGGACCUCAUUGCCAAACUGGUCGACAAGAAGCCAACCUUUGUAACCUUUAUGCAGACAGUCAGAGACAGCCAGAAGCAGUCCAGACUGGAUCUAACAUCUUUCCUUAUCAUGCCAGUACAAAGGAUGCCGAGGAUGAAGAUGUUGUUGUCAGAGAUUGUUGAGCAGACUGAGCAGCUGCAUCCGGACUACAUCGACCUGAGGGAUGCCCUUGAGAUGAUCACACAGACAACAAAGAUACUCAACGAAGAGAUCAGGAAGAAUGAGAACAAGCUCAAGGUGCAGAAGAUCCAGAAUGACAUGAUCGGUGGACCAAAGAUCAUCACGGACACUCGCGUGUUUGUUAGAGAGGGAUCAAUGAUGAAGGUAUGCCGCAAGGUGCCCAAGCCUAGAUGGUUCUUCUUGUUCUCGGACUGCUUGAUAUAUACGAGCAAGGGCGUCACACCGAUGAUCCAGUCGACCACCACUACCAACACAUCGUUCACAGCGCCAAGCACAAGUGGCGCACCAAACACCUUCAUUUUCCAUCGAAUGAUGAACUUGAACGACAUCAAGAUCAAGGAUCUCAAGGACAAGGACAACCAGAAGAAUGCCUUCCAGAUCAUCAGCUCUACUGAGAAGUCAUUCACUGUCUACACCGACACUGUCAAGGAGAAGAACCACUGGCUGGACGACUUCUCCAUGUUGUCAAUGAAGAUAACUCAAGAAGGUGCGACCAAUACCAACCUUCAUGACCUGGACUCAGUGGAGGUCCCAGUUUGGGUCCCAGACAAGGAGGCCUCCAAGUGCAUGUUCUGCAAUGGAGCAUUCACAGUCAUCAACAGGAGGCAUCACUGUAGGAACUGUGGAAAGGUGGUAUGUGGCACAUGUAGCCCUUCAAAGAGACUGGUACCACAUGUCAAGAAGAACAAGCCGGUGAGGGUAUGCUUGUUCUGCUUCGACUUUAUCGGCCUGAACGAUAAGGGAGAGCCCACCCCUACCCCGAGCAAGGAGUCCAAGUCUAGCUCAUCACCACAUCUGCUCAGUCGCCCACGUCCACUCAAGCGACUGAACUCACUGCUGGACUCGAGGGACAAGCGAAAGUCCACGGCCGGGCCCCCGCUGUCUCCCGAGCAGAUCAGCCAACAGGGGAGCUUCUCGGAGCCCACAUCCCCGACACACAGCGCAGAGUCUGGACACACUCACAGCCACAGUGGCAGCGGCAAGCACCGUGAGACACUGACAGGCACACUGCGUCGCCUAAAGAUGGCCAUCAAGCCGUCGGACCAGGUCAAGACGCUCAAGACCGAGAAAGAGAUGGAGAAGGAGCGCGCAGAGGAGGAGAGGCGCUUCGACCUCACUCGCACGCAGUCCGAGCCACAUCUCGUCUCCAAGUCGAUGAUCGCACUGCCUAUGAUGGGCGCCGCCCAGCCAGGCUCCAAGGUGGUGGUGCCAUCCAAGUUGGCAGAGAAUCCCUCGCGACGAUCCACCAUCUCCAAGAAGGACAGCGUCAUCCUUACGCCAUCGCCUCCUGCACCAACCAGCAGCAGGAACAGCAAUAUCACAUUAUCACCUACCCCACCAGCACCAACCUCACUCUCACAUAAGAAUCAGCAACAGCCAGUGCCAGUGUCACAGACAACCACUGAGCAGCAGUCGACUGACCGCACUUCCAUCCCAAAGCCCACCACUGCACCUCAGUUCAAGCUCCAGCCACUCGACCAAAUCAAGCAUCAACACACCAACUCUGGCUCACAGCUCAACCUUGCAGCCUCCAACAACAGCUCCACCAACUCCACUCCCACAGGCACCAGCACCAUGAAGCCAAUGGCUGGUGUGCCAGUGUUCAAGCAGCCACCCGUGCGCAGGGACACUCUCCGCGCGACCAAUGUCGCCCCACCACAGUCAUCGACGACUACUGCGCCAUCAACACCAGUCAUCGACCAGAGCAUUCUCAAGAAGACAAGUGCGACUGCUCCACCCACUGAGCAGCCUCAAGGAGUGCUCAUUCGCAAGCCACCUCCCAAGGUCGUACAGAAGAACACCAGCGAUAUUGGCCUCAAGAAUGGUCCAUCAGACAUCGAUAUCGUCAAGAGACCUAGUUCAAGCGACAUACUGCCAGUGACAACAACAAAGGCAGACAACAGCAGCGUCCAGCAACAACAGCAACAGCAACAGCAAUUGCAGCAAGAGCUUAGCAGGCGGGCAAGUGGCGAGACACAGCCAGUUGGUGGCGGCCACACUAGGACUCCUUCAGUCAGUGGCGAACAAUCCACACCUGGACAACCAACAGUGCCCAUCAGGAAGAUCGCGAUGGUCAAGCCUGGCGUGCCAGUCAUGCCCCAGAACGGAGGUGCAGCCAAACAACCUCCAACAAGAGUGUCGCCUCCCACUGUUGCACCAACCACCCCACAGGCUUCACCAUCAGACCAACAGGAUCAGGGCGAUGCCAAGCGACCAUCCAUCCCCACAAGGAAGGCACCCUCUGCCCACUCACUUCUUAAUGUGUUGGCACAAUCAGAUGUCGCGCCUGCAACACCUGCACCUGCCUCUGCCCCAUCAAGAGGUAGCAAGGAGAUGCCUCCUUCACGAGGCAGCAAGGAGAUGCCAGCGCAAGCAGAGAACACAACAGCUCACACUGCUCAACAACCAGAGGAGCCGAUUGCGAAUGGCGGACAGCGCCGUACUAUCUCACCACCCGUCAGGAAGCCACCAACACCAUCAUCGCUGCCCCUUUCAACCUUUGCUCCAACAGAGUCUGAUCAGUCAGCCAACUCUGAUGAUCUCGCUACCAGCGCUGAGAUCAAGAAGCCAGCACCAGCAAUCAAGAAGAUACCAACACAGAUACCACCAUCGCAGACCAAAGUGUUGAUCACUUCCAAGAGCAGACCAUUGCCUUCUCCCGCUGCCAACCCCCCUGUAUAA